UGAUAAAAUAAAUUAUCCGAUUACAGGUCUUCACUGUGUAGGAGGCUCGCUGUUGCUGUGGUUGUUUGAAACCAUGUUGUAACGUCAGCUAACCUGCUGUAGCUAAGUAACAAGGUGCAGCAUGAAAGCCAAUACAAUGAGACAGUUAGUUCUUCAUGGACCUAGUGGAUAAUGUCUCUGAUCCUGUUUGCCUUCGUGGUUCGGGUCAGGGAUGGGCUCCCCCUGUCAGCUUCCACGGACUUUGAACACAACAGAGAACUGCAGGAAAAAAAGCAGCAGCUCAGGGCCAUCAGCAAAGGACUGUCCCGCCUUCCUGACAGAGGGACUAUCAAAGGACAGCAGCUCAAUAUAUAUUUCAUCUCUUCAGAGGGCAUAUCUUACAUGACUGUGUGCCACUGCAGCCUCCCUGUUGCUAAAGCCUUCUGCUUCCUGGAAGAUCUGCAGUGGGAGUUCACAGCAUGUUUCAAUAGCACUGUUGUUGCCUUGGCAGCCAGGCCAUAUCCAUUUUUGGAAUUUGAUAACAAAAUUCAGAGGCUGAAGCAGCAGUACAACCAGACUGGUGGCCCGGCCCUAGAGGUAACAUUGGCAGAAGUCCAGGAAGAUCUGAGAAUUCAUCCACCACAAGUGAUUAACUUGGAGGAGGUGGAGCUCACCAAUGGUGUUGCAAAUGGACAUAUGGAUCAAGGACCCGGAUCUGGUCAGAAUGUGAGACUUGAACCCAUUACUGCAUCAGGCAUCCUCUCUCUGGUCCUAAAUAUCAUGUGUGCCUCUUUAAACGUAAUCCGUGGCGUGCACCUGAUAGAGUAUACAUUCCAGGAUGACUAUGAAGGCAUAUGGAACGUUGCGGCUUUUCUUCUGGCCUUUUUGUGCUGUGUGUUGCAGUGCCACCUCUACCUGUUCCACUCCUCUCUGAAGAAACUGAAAUCCCUAACUCUGUUGGUUGUGAUCAUCCUAUGCAACUUGUGCCUGUUCGGCAUGAGGAACAUGUGGCAACUGAUGUUCCACAUUUCAGUCGCCAUUCUCUCAACCAUCCUCAUCCUGACUCGCAAACUUCAAGACAGAACUAAUGAUUGUGGGGUAUGAGGAGCAGAGGACACUUUAAAAUGACCCCCCCCCCCCCCCCUUUAUCAGUCUAGGCUAGAGAACAGCGGGUAAAUAACUAAAUGAAGUCAUCCAGAUAAGUUCCGAGGACUUUAUGUGGAUUUGUAAUGAAAACAUUAUUCAUAAAUAUUGUCUCAUCACCAAAAAUAUUUAUAGUUAAAUGUUUUCUUGUAUGAACUGAGACUUGCACUCUGUACAUUGUUUCCAACACUGUAUAGUGAAAUGCAGUUCUUCCUGCAUUUGUAAACAUACAUGUGUGUUUACAAGCUUACAAGAAUCCUGAUAAUGUUGGUGACCCUGGAUAUGGUGACAGUUUUGUAAUUAAGAUGAAUUUCUGCUUAUAUUCAGCUCAGUAUUAUUUGUGCUACCAGGCUAUUGAUUAUUGAAUCAGUUUACAGCUCUGUCGGGCACGUGUGGCUGUUUAGAACAUAAUGAGAUAGUUCAUCUUGCAUUGUUGGCAGUGUCAUACAGUGGGUUGGUUAUGUAUUAGCGUGAGUCAAGGAAAGUCAGCAAAUUAGCUGAUUUUGUUUGUUUUUGUUAAUUUGGCUGUAAGAAAAGGCUGAAGGUGUAAAUUAGAAGUAAUCUGUGGUAGGUCUAUGCCUUAGUGUGACAAACUAAGUUGUUUGGUUUAUUUGAACGUUUUCAGCGUGUUCAGUGCAUGGAUUCACCAGCUAGUGUGGAACUAUUCAAUAGAUCAAAUGUAAGGGCUCCGUUAUUCAUAAUUUCAAAGAAAUAGCUUCUUAUACAAAAGUUCAUGGCACCUUAGAUGCAAAUAUUUGACACAUCACCUUAGUAACUGUAUAAGAAAGGUGACAUAAUAAUUUUUUUGUCAAAUCAAGUUUUUAUUCCGUCCGUUUUCUGUCUUGACAUUGAUCUCAACAUUGUCAAAAUGUAAGCUGCACUGAUUCGAGGGCAUACAUUGUUGUGGUAUCUGGCACUAUUACAUUUAGAUUGUUUGGUUUUGCUAUGUAAAACUGCUGAAUGUAUUUUUAGAGACAAAAUUAUAUUUAUAUCCAGAUUUUUUGUUUUUCAAUUUGUCUUUAUUUGAGGUUUAGGACAAGCUUAUCACCUGUUGUGUGACAUGUUAAGAACAUAAAAUUUUCAUAGAUAUUAUUGAAGAUUGAAUAAAAUGAAACUGUAACGUUUUUAAACAGGCAAGUCUCUUAGGUUUGAGGAGUUAGGAGUUUUCACAUUUGAAAUAUUCAGAUUUUUAAAUGUGUUUUUAAUUGCAUGGUGCACUGAAUCUCUGUUAAGAAAGAGAAAAAUUAUUAGAUUGUAGUUUGUCAGACAGGUGGUUGGCUUUUCAGCAGUAGUGAAACUGUGAAAUGUUCACUGAACCAUUUGCUAAUUUCUUUAACAGUUUAAAACCAAUGUCCUCUGAAAAUCCAACCAUUCUAUUUUAUUAUAAUGAAAUACUUGUUUGGUAAAUCUACAUUUAAUUCAGAUCUCAAAGGUCAUUUGAAUAUCAUUAGAACAAAAAAAAAUCAUAGUAGUUGUACAAGUGAUGUUUAUAAAUUUAUAAAAAAGACAAUUCUGGAUUAGGUUUUAUAUUAUAAUAUGACAUUUGGUGGCAUUUACAUGUACACGACUGUGAUAAAGGAGCAAACUCUUGUUCAUCUGAAGUACAUUUUAAGAUUCAAUGUUUAAACGCAAUAAAUAGGUGGAACUAUGUUUUUCUGCUGCAUUAUCUGUCUGUGCAGGACGUGAUGCUUUAAUGUGUUUUGUAUAAUUGUGGCUUUGGGCAUUCAUCUGAUAAGGGUAGUAACAUGAACACUUUGGACCAACAAAUUUAAAAGCGGUAAUAAUUAUUUAAUAGUACUCUAUUUAAUAGUUCAUAAUUGUUUUAAUAAUUAGUUUGAAUAGAAUCAAAUGUUGUAUAAUGUAGCAGUCAAUCAGAAAAGACAGUUUGUUUAUAAUGAUGGACAUAAAUAUGACACGUUGGUCAUUACAGAGCUAUUUUUUCCCUCUGGUAAAACUGACAUUUCAUUAAUAAAUACUGUCUUGUUUUCCAAGA